AUGGCGCUCGCCGCCGGCGACGUCGUCCGAAUCUUUGGCCUCACUUCGGAAAGGGGCCAAGAGCUGAACGGGAGAGAGGCGACCGUCGAGACUGUCGGCGAGCGGUGCACCCUCAGGCUGGAGACCGGCGGUGAGCCCUCAGACAAGCGGCUUGCUGUCCCAGAGAGGAACUUGGUCCGCGCCGGCGAGUACGACUCGGACGACGGAUGCUGCUUCCUGAACGGCAGCUUCGUGGCGGCUUCGAGCGGCGGCUCGUCGUCGAGCUUUGAGUGCACGCUCGACUCCUCGUGGGCGGCCGGCGAUCUGGUGCGCCAGCGCGUGAAGUUCAUCGGACCCCAGCGCACUGGUAGCUACGGGACAGCGGUGCGGUGGGACGCCCAGGCGGCGAAGUACGCGGUGAACCUGGAGCCGACCUAUCGUGGCGUGACCAUCUACGAGACGCCGUGCAACCUCGAGGCGGCGGAUUCCACCGUCUCGCAGGCUCACAAGCAAGACCAGCGGUGGAAGGUGGAGAAGGCGCGCGAGGAGAGGUGCGGCAUCUUUGCCCUCGCGGUGGCCCUCCGGCCCGGCGUCGACAACCUCCGCGGCUUCGUGGCGAUGGAGAAGUUUGACGGCUUCCGCUCGCUGUGGGACGGCACCGAGUUUCGCAUGCGCGGCAUCCAGGGCGGGGCGGAGCGGCGGGUGAAGCCUCCGCCGGAGCUGGCCUCCCUGCUGCCGACCGACCUCAAGCUCGACGGAGAGCUGUGGAGCGGGCGCGGCUGCUUCUCCGCCGUGAGCAAGGUCUGGUCCGACUUCGACGGGGUCUCCUUCGCGGUGUACGACGCGCCCGAAGUGGCCGGCGGCUUCCUCGCCCGCCUCGCGGCGGCAGACGAGGCGAUCGCUGCCGUCGCGCGAUCGCGAGGUCUCGAGCCGACGCCACCGUUCGCUCCGGCCCGUGCGCCGCCGGCGGCGCGCUGUUUCGUGGUUGGCGCGGUCCGGUGCGAGGAGGAGGCGGUCGUGAAGCGGCUGAUGGAGGCGGUGCUGGCGGAGGGCGGCGAGGGGCUCGUGCUGCGGCGGGCGCUGUCGCGGCACCGAAGGGGCCGCUCCCGCGAUGUGCUCAAGGUGAAGGAGUGGCUGGACGCGGAGGCGGAGGUGCUGGGCACCAACAUGGGCGACGGCACCUCUGUGCGCGCCUCGCUGCGCCUCAAAGUGAUCGGGAACAGCUCCGACUGCAGGGUGACUCCCGGCACGGUCUUCUCGUGCUCUUGGGACUGGAAGGCGAAGCCCAUCCCCUCCGGCACCACCGUCACGUUCGCCGCCCCCUUGGGCGACGGCAAGCCGCGCUUUCCAGGCAUCAUCGGCAUCGGCGAGGAAUACGGGCGGGAGCUGCAGCGAGCGCGUGCUGCCGCCCGAGCGGCCAGUGCAGCCGGUGGGAGCGGCGAGCACGGAGCAGGCGGAGCGGCCGUUGACAAUUUGUGGCGCUAG